GCCUGUCCCCCCUGCAUGCAUGUCUGACAUCUGCUGCUUGUGUAAGAAUGCGUCAGUUGACUUUUUAAAAAAAAAAAAAUUAAAAGUAACCGCGGUAAUUUAUUAUUUUCUCUCUCCUACUUUUCCUUUUCCCCACUCGCUCCCCUCACUUCCGUUUCACUAUUUUCGUUUCAAAUAUUUUCUCCACUCUUCGUCUUCUUCCCCCUCACUGCCGCUUUUUCGUUUCUUCGCUGACACUGACCUAGGGUUUGUUCCUUUCCCAUUUUUGGUUCAAUCUUUCUCAUUUUCCUCGCAUUCUUCCCCAUUCUUCCUCCAUUGUUCAACAUUGUCUUUCAUUUACCGAAGUGUUUUUAAAUUUUUGUCUUGUCUGUCUCUGUUAAUUUUCAGAAAAUGGGAUCCAAAAAACGACGAAAUUGGGAAAAGAAGAAAGAGAAGGGAAGAAACGAAAAGCUACUAGUGAAGAAUGUUUUUUUGAGGUCUUUGAAAUUAUUCUUAACUACAAUGGAGACUUUGAAUGGUUUGGUUAUUUUAAUGAGGAUGUGGCUGUCAGAAAAUUUCAUAUUGAGGACAUAGGAUUAAAUAGUCUAGAUAAGUGGUUACUUGAAUUGAAGGUUCAGGGAUUGUUAAUGUAUUAUUGGAGGCGGGCUGGCAUGUAUACUGAAGAAUUAAUUCCUAUGGAAAAUGAUGACCAUGUCAUGGACAUGGCACUGGCUGGGGCACAAGAUGGUAGUGUUGAUGUGUAUGUUAGGAAGUUAAGCUGUGAUGACGUGUGCAACCUAAGGCCUGUAUUUGGACACACAUUAUUUGAGUUGAAAGAACUUGAAGAUGGGGAUGAUGCAUUGGAGCUGCAGGCUGUUUGCGGAGGCUGAACCAGUGCAAGUGCUGCAGAUUGAAGGUCCCGGUGAACCAGUGGAGGUGCUGCAGAUUGAAGGUCCCGGUGAACCAGUGGAGGUGCUGCAGAUUGAAAGUCCCGGUGAACCAGUGGAGGUGCUGCAGAUUGAAAGUCCCGGUGAACCAGUGGAGGUGCUGCAGAUUGAAUGUCCCGGUGAACCAGUGGAGGUGUUGCAAAGUGAAGUUGUUGAUGAACCCCUGGAGAAGCAGCAGUCUGGUGGUUCAGACUGAAGAUUGACACACUUGAGUUACCUUUUUUGUGAAAAGUUAUGUAUCAACAGUUGUAACCUUUUAGUUUAAUAUUUAUUUUGCAAUUAGUAUUAAUACUGAGAAUUUAUAUUUUUGCGCUGGUUGAUUAAAUGUUGGAAAAGUAUUGUUUGUUUGCUUAUGAUAUUCCCGUUUAUUAUUGUGAAUUGGUCGUUAUUGAAA